UUCCUCACCAGCUUAUCUUUUCUGGAUAUUUGUUACUCAUCAUCUGUCACCCCAAAGUUCCUAUCCAACCUUUUAAAGGAGAAGAAAAUUAUUUCCUACGGGGGUUGUUUUACUCAGCUUUACUUUUAUGCUCUCUUUGCCACCACGGAAUGCUACCUCCUAGCUGUGAUGGCCUAUGACCGCUAUGUGGCAAUCUGCAAUCCUCUACUCUACUUGAUCACCAUGUCCCCAAGAAAGUGUGUUCAGCUGAUAGCAAUUUCCUACAUUGCUGGGAUCAUUAAUGCUUUCGUGCACACAAUGGCUGCAUCUAGAUUGUCCUUCUGCGGCCCAAACUUCAUUAAGAAUUUUUAUUGUGAUGCUCCUCCCCUUUUUGCUCUUUCCUGCUCAGAUAUCAGUCUUAAUUAUCUGCUGAUAUUUGUAUUUGUUGGGUUCAAUAUAACAAUAACAAGCUUGACUGUUCUCACCUCCUACACUUAUAUCCUGGUCACUAUUUUCAAGAUCCACUCUGCCAAGAGCCGUAGGAAAGCCUUCUCCACUUGCAGCUCUCACCUCAUGGUCAUCACGAUCUUCUAUGGAUGUCUGAGCUUUAUGUAUGCACAGCCAAGCUCUAGGCAGAAUUAUCAACUAGACCAAAUGGCUUCUGUGUUGUAUGUAGUGGUGACCCCCAUGCUCAAUCCAUUAAUCUACAGCAUGAGGAACCAGGAGGUAAGGAAUGCUUUCAGAAAUAUCCUGAGAAGAACAUUUCAUGUUAAACAUAUAUGA